CGGGGCUUGGCGGUUGGGUCACGUGGCGUAACUGCGGCGGUGUCACGUGACGGCGGGAGUGCCCUUCCCCGAUGCGGGGUGCCCUCCUCGCCGCCGCGGCCGCUGCCAUGGGUGGCCCGGGCGGGCCCUUAGCCCGCACCAUCCGUGCCAAGCUGACCGCCGCCCUGCAGCCCACGCACCUGGAGGUCCGCGAUGACUCCCCGCGGCACGGGGGCCCCCCCGGCGCCGAGACGCAUUUCGGGGUGCUGGUGGUGAGCGCGCUCUUCGCGGGGCUGUCGCCGCUGCAGCGGCACCGCCUGGUGCACGAGGCGCUGCGGGCCGAGCUGGCCGGGCCCCUGCACGCCCUGCAGGUCACGGCCCGCACCCCCGAGCAGUGGCAGAGCGACCCCCAGAACCCCCCGCGCGCCUGGG